AUGCCUGUGCGUACUCGUCGUGCUGCUGCCGCUACUGCAGAUAUGCAGAUAGAUUCGGAGGUAGAGGAAGAGGAGGAGCAGAUUGAUGUAGAUGGCGAAGAGGAGGAAUUAGAGGACGAGGACGAAGAUGAGCAAGUUGAGGAAGAGGAUGACCAGGGCGAUGAGGACGAUGAGCCACCCCCACCCGUGCACCCCAAACUUCGCAUCAAGCUCAAGCUUCCAACCGUAGCUAGCUCGAGCAACAGUCCUGGUACGACGCCUGACGUUGAACUAUCACCGUCGAAACGGCGCAGGGCUGCAGAAAUUGACGUAGAGUCCGAAGAUCCAUCUCAAUCCGAGUCGGAACGAUCUUCGAGACCAAUGACAGCGCGUCAGGCGGUGCUGGCGAGUGUCGUCGAUUCUACUCAUGUGUCGCUCACUGGCCGCACGGGCAAUAAGAAGCAACUCAACGAAUCCGAGCUCGCCCUCCGCCGCGAAGAGACAGCCCGAAAACGCAAGAACCUAUCGGAGAAAAAACUAGAAGAUGAGAAACUGGAGACCAUCAACCGGUUGCUGAAGAAACAAAGUAGACCCAGAGGUCGGAGACCCGCCAAUGCGUUGCCGCUGGAAGACACGCCUUCCGCCACUCCCAAGGUCAAAGCCAAGUCAAAGCUGUCAAAGGAGCAAGAUGUCGACGAGGACGUGGAUAUGGAUGUCACGGAGGAGAAGGAGGAAGCGGAGCGGGAGGGGGAGGAGAAAGAGGAAUCGAAACCCGUGACGAUGUAUCGUUGGGUGACUUCCACCCAGGGUGAUGGAGAAGACAAGAAAACGGUCAUUUCUUUCUCUGUACCCACCACCCUUUUGCCACCAGUGGAAAGCCCCGUGCCCGAUCCCUUACAGCCCUCCGGUCGCGGUCCAGGAGUAUGCGCUAUUGAAGGGUGCUCUGGUGCGCGAAAGUAUCGUCUCGUGAAGGAUUGGUCUAUAGGCGCGUGUGGGCUGGAUCAUUUACGGUUGUUGGAGGGUCAGUAG